AUGGGCGCAGCACUGCCAGAGCUGGCAUGCCAGAGGUGCGUGCUGGCAACCAGAGAUCUGAGUAAUGCAAAGAUUUGCAACACACAAAGAGGCGAAAGAAGAAAAGAUUUAUUUAAGAAAGAGAUCACUUCCCACAAACAGGAAGAGGGCCUACACUCUAGGAAGCGGAGGACACGCUCGCGGCAGAAUCAGGAAAACAGGGCCCUAGGAGUUCUCGGCGGCAGCCACGAGUUUCUAGCGGGCAACCCGCCCAUUCUGCCCACCGGCGCGGGGCUGCGGACGCGGCGGGUGCAGAGGGCGCGCAGGUACAACCGUCCAGGGAGAGAAAACAUCCAUAUACUGAGCAGCUUGGAUGCCAUCCCAAGUAGUAGGCCUCUUUUAAGAAUGUGGAAAUUAAAGAUACAUUUCAUAUUGCUCUUCAGUCGACAAGGAAAAUUACGGCUGCAGAAAUGGUACACUACCCUCCCUGACAAAGAGAGGAAGAAGAUCACCCGGGAAAUUGUUCAGAUCAUCCUCUCUCGUAGCCAUAGGACAAGCAGUUUUAUUGACUGGAAGGAGCUAAAACUUGUUUAUAAAAGGUAUGCUAGUUUAUAUUUUUGCUGUGCAGUAGAAAAUCAGGACAAUGAGCUCUUGACACUAGAGAUUGUGCAUCGUUAUGUGGAGUUACUGGACCAAUACUUUGGAAAUGUCUGUGAGCUGGAUAUUAUCUUUAAUUUUGAAAAGGCUUAUUUCAUCCUUGAUGAAUUUAUAAUAGGUGGAGAAAUUCAGGAAACAUCCAAGAAAACUGCUGUCAAAGCCAUUGAAGACUCUGAUAUGUUACAGGAGACAAUGGAAGAAUACAUGAACAAACCCACAUUUUAACUAUGCAUCUACUUGAAGACUCUGAAUGCUACCUGUUGUGAACCUGUAAAUAAGCAGUGGUUUGCAUCCAGUUUUUCCGAUAGAGCCUGUGGCACCAUGCCAAAAAUAACUUAAAGGGAUUAUUUGUUAACUAACAAAAAUCAAAGUUGUUUAACAUAACAUAUUUAUAAUUACUACAUGUCUGUAUUAU